AUGGCACGCAGAAACGCUUCAGCCGCCAUAAAGAAACCAACAAUUCCGUACCUUGAAGAUAACAGUGUUGGACCAAUGCUUCGUUAUCAAAAGUCUCUCCCAAAGCUUCCUGUUCCUGCUCUCAAAGAUACUCUUGAGAAGUAUCUUAAGUCCGUUCGACCUCUUGUAAGUUCAGAGGAAUACGCAAAGACAGAAGCAGCUGUAGCAGAAUUUCAAAAACCUGGUGGAAUUGGUGAAGAACUACAAAAGCGUUUGCUAGCAAAAGCGAACAAUCCUAAUGUGAUCAAUUGGCUGGAAGAUUGGUGGAAUGAAGUCGCGUAUUUUGGCUAUAGGGACCCAAUCGUCGUUUAUGUAAGCUAUUUUUUUGCUUAUAAAGACGAUAAAAUUAGGAGGAAUCCUGCUACGCGUGCUGCUGCAAUUACUACGGCCGCCUUGGAAUUUCGAAGACAAGUUAUUAACCAACAAUUAGAACCAGAAUAUUCAAAAGGGCUCCCACUUUGUAUGGAUUCGUAUAAGUUCAUGUUUAAUGCGUGUCGUUAUCCAUCCAAACCAUCAGAUUAUGAGGUGACUUUUGAUCCCGCGACCAAUAAUCAUAUUACAAUUAUUCGUAAAAACAAAAUUUUCAUACUUGAUCUUGUCAAGGAUGGAAUACAGUUGUCAACUGCAGAAAUUGAAAGUCAGCUCCAAAAAAUAUAUGAAUUGGCUGGUAAUACGAAAGAUCCACCAAUAGGAGUUCUUACUACUGAAAAUCGCGAUAAUUGGACGGAAUAUCGCAAAAUGUUCCUGGCUGCGGAUCCAAAACAUGAGCAAUUGCUAAAGAAAAUUGAAAGUUCGAUGUUUGCUCUUUGUUUAGAUGAUUCAUCACCUAUUACAGUUGAUGAGAUAAGCCGUGCAUGUUUGGCUGGAGAUGGGCGAAAUCGUUAUUUUGACAAGUCUCUUCAAUUUAUUGUAUUUGAAAAUGGAAAAGCUGGGUUUAAUGGAGAGCAUUCUUCCAUGGACGGUACUCCAACAAGUAGAUUGAAUGACUUUGUUUGUAACGUGAUUGCUAAUAAUAAAGUUGAUCAUGGAUCUCCAAAUGUUCGAUCUGGUCUUCCAGUUCCUCAACAAUUGCAUUUCAAUUUGACUAGUGAAGUUCUUUCAGCUAUAUCAAAAGCCGAGAAAAACUAUGAUGACCAUAUCGCCAAACACGACCUUCGUGUAUUAGCAUAUGAAGGUUAUGGAAAAAAUGUCAUUAAAAAGCUUGGUGCUUCACCAGAUGCUUACGUACAAAUGAUCAUUCAAUUAGCUUAUUAUAAAAUGUACGGUACUAAUAAAGCAACUUAUGAAAGCGCACAAACCAGAAAAUUUCAACAUGGUAGAACUGAAGUGUGUAGAACGGUAUCUGUUGAUUCCGUGAACUGGGUGAAAGCUAUGGAGGAUCAGAAAGUUCCGAUUGAAGUCAAGGCUGAAUUGGGUUACAAAGCAAUAAAUGCUCAUGUCAAAUAUAUGGCAGAGGCCGUAGAGGGGAGAGGCUGUGAUAGGCAUUUAUUUGGACUUCGUAUGUCUUUGAAGUCUAAUGAAAAGAAACCAACAAUUUUUACAGAUCCAGCUUAUGCUAAAUCAACUCAUUGGAAUCUAUCAACUUCUCAAUUGUCAUCAGAAUAUUUCCAAGGCUAUGGAUGGGGAGAAGUAUAUUGA